CUGUGCGGUCACACCGGACUGGACUAUUUAACGUGAUAUUUAUUGAAGCUAACAAAUAAAAAUUAGCCAAAACUCAGUGAUUAUGAGCUUAAAAUUGAAGUGUUAAACAGUGUUUAGAUAAUUGAAGGCGCGUAUAAACGAAUUUAAAAGUGAUAUGCAAAAACGCAGCUGGCUGCUGCUCCCGCUCCUGCUGCCGUUGUUGUUGCUACUCGUCUUAAGGGGCAACAAGAACUACGCGACGUAAUUGAAAUUGAAGCUUUGGCUGGGAAUACAUAAGACCGCAAAAGAAGGUGUUAACAUUAUAUCCAAAUAUUCAGUAUGGUGCUUGUGCUGAAUGGUGUGCUGCAGGACGAAUGCCCGCUGGACACAAGCACUUUGUUUCUGCAGCAUCCCGUCUAUAGAGAUUAUGCCCAGCAGCUGCACUCCAUACAGGCCAAGUCGAUAGGUCCUGUCGGUCUGCUCUAUGUGGGCCAACGGGAGCUGGCCGCUGCGGCACCGCACGACAAGAACAUUAACAUCAUUGGCGCCGACGAUGCCACCACCUGUAUUAUCGUUGUUGUCCGCCACUCGGGUUCGGGUGCUGUUGCUUUGGCGCAUUUCGAUGGCAGUGGCGUUGAUGAGGCCGUCUGCACAAUGGUGUCGCGUGUCCAGGAGCUGGCGCUUGGUUAUCCGGAGGGACGCAUUGAAUUGCAGCUGAUUGGUGGCUAUCGGGACUCCCAGGGCUAUGGCGAGGAUGUCUUCUAUAGCAUUAUGCAAUCAUUCCACAAGCAUCACCUCGAAAUCGACUUGACGCAGGCGUGUGUGGGUGAAUUGAACACAAUGCUGCGCGGCGAGAUCAACUGCCCGAUCAUCUAUGGUGUGGGCGUUAACAUCAAGACUGGCGAGAUCUUUCCCGCCACAUUCCCCGAUCGAGGACCCGAUCAACAGCUGCGCAAUGCUCGCAUAUUUAUGGGAGCUCAAACCGUGUUGGAUGUGUACGACUCCGCCAAUGGCAUGCUGAGAAUUGGACCCUUCAACUAUGAUCCAUUGCGUGGCGCCGACUUAUGGCUGUCGCAGACAGAUGAGUUUCUGCUGCAGCAUUUGUCAUCCAGUCCCGACGUGGAGCCUCCGCACUUUGCGCCACAGACGCGUGCCACCAUCAGAUUCAUACAGGAGAACCAGUUUCCCGCUGUCACCGUCUUCAGGGAUAAUCGACCCCGAUACUAUAGACGCGACGAUGCCACGGGCUGCUGGGGUUUGAUUCUAGAAUGAGUUCGGAUAUGUAGAGAACAACUUUGGAAUGCGCCUUAUUAAUGGAUCUGAAAGUUACCCGAUAAACAAAAAAUAUAUAUAUAUUUAGAUUUUUAUGUAUACAUACUAUAUGUAAAUAAUAUAUGUGUGUGUAAUACUUAUUAAACACAGAAUUUUAACGAGAUUCUUAGCAAAAUAUAUAUACACAUGUCUACACGAACAUUUAAAUGCAAUCAUUUUAGUUGUAAAUGUAAACUGUAAUCAAACUUAAACAAAUUAAAAUGGCUUGGCUAUUCGUAUAUACAUACCACUAAAA